CACUGAUCAAAAACGGGAUCUGCUACUAGUAAUGGGUAAACCAAGUCUGCGUUUGAUCAUUUCAUUUGCUAUUAUUAGUAUCACCGUCUUUAUCUUUUCUGCACAUUUAAGCAAUUCUCAAUCAGUAGCGAAUUUGUCCACUACAUGGAUCAACAAUAACAACCCAACAAUUUACAUCAACCCAAGCUACGUUUUUCCCGCGUAUCAAAUGACUCCAGUCCUUUCCCCAUCCAGUGCCUCACAGUUCGUUUCCGGCUUCUACUGCUUUUCCGAUGGAUCUUCAUGUUUCUUUGGUAUCGUCAUAUGUGGAGGAAGAUACCAAGAACAUAACUAUGCCGAACUAGAUGGUCCCCAGCCAGUAUGGUCUGCCAACCGGGACUGUCCAGUGGAAGUUAAUGCGACGUUGAAAUUAACGGGCGAUGGGAAUUUGAUAUUGGAAGACGCGGAUGGAGAUAUGGUAUGGUCAACCAACACUGGAGGAAAGUCCGUCGCGGGCUUAAGAUUCACUGAAUUUGGAAACCUCGUGCUUUUUGAUAGCAACAACGCGACAGUUUGGCAAUCUUUUGAUCACCCCACAGACUCAUUACUUAUUGGACAAAAGUUGGUGUCAAACUCGGGGCAAAAGCUGAUAGCUAGAACAUCAUCAUCUGAUUUUAGCCGAGGCUUGUUUUCGCUUUCUGUUCGGAACAGUAGUUUGUUCGGUUACAUUGAAGCCAAUCCACCGGCGGUCUAUUACAUAUCCACUUUGGAGGCAAACCCAAAUUCCAUAAAUUUGGAAAAAGAGUAUGUUGUGUUCAAGAACGGAAGCUUCAAUGGUCAAACUUUUGCUCUUGGGUCGACAGCUCAGUUCAUGAGGCUGGAACCCGACGGGCAUUUGAAGGUUUACGAAUGGGUUCAAUCCGAAUGGAAGACCAUGGCGGAUUUGCUCACUUCAAGUUUUGGUGACUGCGGGUAUCCAAUGGUGUGUGGCAAAUACGGGAUAUGUAGUUCAAACGGGCAGUGUGGUUGUUUUGCGGGAAGCAGCAAUGAAGUUAAGAAAAUAAGUUACCAGCAAACAAACCUCGGAUGCUCCCUUGUUACACCCAUUUCUUGUGAUCAUUCUCAGUAUACCCGUCUUUUGGAGCUUAAGAAUAUUAGUUACUUCACCUUAAAUUGGCGACACUUAUACAACGAGUUGGAUGAAAAAACUGAAUGGAGGAUUGCAAAAAUGCUUGUUUGAGAAAUUAUUCUUGCAAAGCAGCUUUAUUCGUGGAUACAUCAUACUAUUAUCCAGAAACGAGAGGUUGCAUGUUACUGUCUGAAGUUUUUUCUCUUAUAGACGAUGAGGGAGGAU